AUGGCUCUUGCCAUUGCUUGUGCUCUCACUUUAUCCACGAGCAGAGUGGAUAGAGGAAGAUUAGCGUUCUCAUCACGCGCCGGUGGAAAAGUGAGCGAGCGCGUGGUGGUGGUUCGUGCCGGCAAAGAAGUUUCAAGCGUUUGCGAACCACUUCCUCCGGACCGUCCUUUGUGGUUCCCCGGUAGCUCUCCUCCUGAAUGGCUCGAUGGCAGCCUUCCUGGUGAUUUCGGUUUCGAUCCUCUCGGUCUAGGGUCAGACCCGGACCUCCUCAAAUGGUUUGCACAAGCUGAGCUGGUCCAUAGCCGGUGGGCGAUGCUGGCGGUGACCGGAAUCUUAAUACCGGAAUGUCUGGAGCGGUUAGGAUUCAUCGAGAAUUUCUCAUGGUACGAUGCAGGAUCUCGUGAGUAUUUCGCGGAUUCCACUACGCUGUUUCUGGCCCAAUUGGUGUUGAUGGGCUGGGCUGAAGGUAGAAGAUGGGCUGAUUUGAUAAAACCGGGGUCUGUGGACAUAGAGCCUCAGUAUCCGCACAAGGUGAAUCCCAAACCGGAUGUUGGUUACCCGGGAGGUUUAUGGUUCGAUCCGAUGAUGUGGGGGAGAGGUUCUCCUGAGCCGGUUAUGGUCUUGAGGACUAAAGAGAUUAAAAACGGACGGCUCGCGAUGCUUGCUUUCGUUGGCUUCUGUUUCCAAGCUAACUACAGUACUAGUCGCGAUCCAAUUGAGAAUCUCAUGGCCCAUCUCGCUGAUCCUGGUCACUGCAACAUCUUCUCGGUAAGCUCUAAUUUUGAUGAUGAUUUCGAUAAAUAUCUCUACUGA